GUUUAUGAGGAAUUGGUAGCUAUUAAGGCCGAUGCUGCGGAAGCGCGUGUCCGUCGCAUCCUGGCUGGCCUUGGAUUCACGCCGUCCAUGCAAGAGAAGGCGACUCGCGAUCUUUCAGGAGGGUGGCGAAUGCGAGUCAGCCUGGCUAGAGCUCUCUUCCUGGAGCCCACUCUGUUGCUCCUUGAUGAGCCCACUAACCAUCUAGACCUAAACGCAGUCAUCUGGCUGGAUAAGUAA